AUGGCAGAGGUGGCUGUGUCCUCUGUGAUCAGCCAAUUGUAUCUAUUGCUCAACCAAGAGGCAAAUUUCUUGAAGGGAAUACAAGGAGAAAUUGAAUUUAUCAACGAUGAAUUGGAGAGCAUGCAAUCUUUCCUAAAGGAUGCAGAUGCAAGGGGGGAGAGUGAUGAUAGUGUGAAGACUUGGGUGAAACAAGUAAGAAAAGUGGCCCAUGACAUUGAAGAUGUCAUAGAUGAGUUCAUGAUCCUUUCUGCAAGUCGUCCUCAGCAUGGCAUGGUAGGCUUAAUCCGUAGAUUUGCUUUCUCGAUCAAGAAUUUGAUACCACGCCAUGUUAUAGCUAACGAGCUACAAAAUCUUAGGACUCGGGUGAUUGAAAUUAAUGGGAGGAGAGAACGAUAUCGUUUUGAUUCCUCCCGUCAAGUUCUAAAUCCAUCCAGCUCACAAGAUCUGCAAAUGGCCUCCCUCUACGCCGAGGAAGCAGAACUUGUGGGGAUAGAAAAGCCUAGAGACGAUUUACUAAGCUUGCUAAUGGAGGAAGAAUCAAGAAGAACAGUCAUUUCUGUGGUAGGAAUGGGAGGAUGUGGGAAGACAACUCUCACCAAGAAAGUUUAUGACAACUAUAAAGUGAUCUCAUGCUUCGAGUGCCGUGCUUGGGUCACUGUGUCUCAAUCACCCAUGAUUGAUGAGCUCUUAAGGAUGAUGAUAAAGCAAUUCCAUGAAUCAAUGAACAAACCCAAUUGCCUGCAAGUGGAGACAAUGGAAAGGAACCAACUGAUAGACCUUCUCAGGAAGUACUUGAAGGAAAAGAGGUAUGUUGUUGUUCUUGAUGAUGUUUGGAGCAUUGAUUUUUGGGUGUCCAUGAAAUAUUCUCUACCUGAUGACAACCAAGGUAGUAGAGUAAUAAUCACCACUCGCAACAGAACAGUUGCUUCUUCUUGCUUGGAUCCUUGUAAUCAUGUCUAUACUCUUCAACCUCUAGCUACAAAGGAGGCUUGGGAACUCUUCUGCAGGAGGACAUUCCAAUCUAACCCUAUUGGUUGCUGUCCUCCAGAGCUAGAGCAACUGUCUCUCAAAAUUGUGAACAAAUGUGGAGGAUUACCACUUGCCAUUGCUGCCAUGGGUGGUCUCUUGUCUACAAAAGAUAAGAUUGUAGCUGAAUGGACAAAGUUGAAUCAUAGUCUUGGUUAUGAGUUAGAAAACAACCCACUUCUUACAGGCAUACCAGAAGUCCUCUCAUUAAGUCUCCAUGAUUUGCCAUACAACCUUAAGGCUUGUUUCUUGUACUUUGGCCUUUUCCCAGAGGAUUAUUCCAUUGGCUGUAGAAGGUUGUUUCGACUAUGGGCAGCUGAAGGGUUUGUGAGUGGGGAAAAAGGCAAAACACCAUCACAGGUUGCAGAAGACUACCUCAGUGAGCUCAUUCACAGAAGCAUGAUUCAAAUAUCAUCAAUGUAUUCGGAUGGAAGAGUGAAAAGCUGUCGAGUCCAUGACCUCAUGCAUGACAUUAUCAUCUCAAAAUCAAAGGAUUGGAAUUUCAGUGAAAUUGUUGCAGAGCAAAAUUCAAAUCCUAGUAAAAGUGCUCGACGGCUAUCAUUCCACAACAACAAAUCAAAAGGAUUAAAGACCUUGAAUUUCUCCCAUCUUCGCUCUUUUCUUCUAUUUGGAGUACAUAAAGAUCUGCACUCAUUUACAAAGGCAUCCAUAUGGAAUUUGAAGCUCUUGAAGGUCUUAGAUUUAGAAGAUUCAUGCCUAGACAAGUUGCCUUACGAAUUGGGGAAUCUGUUACAUUUGAGGUAUUUAAACGUGAGGAAUACAAAUAUCAAGAGACUUCCAAACUCCAUUGGGAAACUACAAAACCUAGAGAUCUUGAAUGUUAAAGAUACUUAUGUACAUGAAUUGCCUAUUGGGAUCCUCAAGCUCCGAAAACUACAGCAGUUGCUAGGAUAUACUUUGAAGAGCUUCAAUGGCACCAGUUUGAGUCCUUUACAAGGAUUGAAGGCAUCAGAUGGAAUUGGAUCUUUAGAAAACCUACAAAAGCUGGCUUUUAUAGAGGCAAACCAUGGGACUAAAAUAGUUCAAGGCUUAAGAGGUUUGAGGCAAUUGAGGAGGUUGGGCAUCACAAAAUUGAGAAGUGAAGAUAGUGGGGAUCUUUGCAACUCCCUUGAAGAGAUGGAAUACCUCAAAUCAUUGAGCUUAAAGGCAAUGGAUGAUAAACAGUUCAUUGAUUUGCAGACAGUGUUGUCUCCACCGUGCUGUCUACAACGUCUUUAUUUGGAUGGACCAUUAAAGAAGUUGCCAGAUUGGAUUAUAUCACAUCAAAAUCUGGUAAGAAUACGUCUUGCAUGGUCAAGAUUAAGGGAUGACCCACUGCAGGUCCUCCAAACCUUACCUAGUUUGGUUGAUCUUGCCCUUCAUGAAGCAUAUGACGGAGACCAUUUGCAUCUCAAGGCAAGUCAGUUUAAGAAACUCAAAAUACUGAGGCUUCUUCGCUUAGGUGGGUUGAAACAUGUGAUAAUCGGUGAUGGCGCUGCACCUAGCCUAGAAAGGUUGACAAUCGUGUACUGUCGACUAUUGGAGGAGAUUCCUUUGGGUAUACAAAACCUCAAGAUACUCACCACUCUAGAAAUUCUUGGAGUUUCCACAGAGUUGGACAUGAAACUCAAAGCUGGAACAGAUUAUUGGAAAGUUAAGCAUAUACCAAACAUCCGUUGCUGGUAG